AUUGCUGAAAGGAAUGGUUACUACAGAAGUGGCAUCUAGGCCACAGCCUCUGGAGCUGUAAAAAUGUUCAUGAACUCAGACUAUCAGACUCACCACCACCCUUCCUCAGGCUAAAAAAAACCCUCAGAGACAGCAGCAGAUGGGGGUCAGAGGAUUAGGACACCAGGUUUCCCUCCACAGACUAGCCAAGUUUACAUGUCUGUCUUUUUUGCUUCCUUCAUCAGGUAAGAAAAAGGCAGUCACAUUGUUUGACAGCCAGGCCCCUAUUUGCCCCAUCUGCCAGGUCCUGCUGAGGCCCAGCGAAUUGCAGGAACACAUGGAGCAAGAACUGGAACAGCUGGCCCAAUUGCCUGCCAGUAGCAAAACUGCUCUUCUGAAGGAUGCCAUGACUCCAGGCACCCCCAAGUCCCUCCUGUUGUCUGCAUCCAUCAAGAGAGAAGGAGAGUCUCCCACAGCAUCACCACACUCCUCUGCCACUGACGACCUGCACCACUCAGACCGAUACCAGGUGAGGAUGGCCAAUGUGUUUAGUUUCCUCUGUGUCUAGUGUCCCUAAAUGAACCCAGAAGUCACAGGUGUCUGGGGAUGGACCUUAAAUAGAAGGGUCACCUGGGCUCUGAUGGACUUUGAGUACUUCUGAAGCAUCAUCAAAAGAUAGUUGAUGGUGUUUGGUUGCAUGAGGGACCCAGAAACAUAACCCCAAAUCAUCUACAAAUGUCAGACUUUAAAACUUGCCCUUGAACAAAUAACCAUUCAAUCCUGAAACCUUGUGGCAUAAAGGAAUGGGGAGGAGGGAUUGUUUGCAAGUGCCUUGGGUAACCAGGAAUCGAGUAAUCACACAAUCCUAAAAUAUUCAGGUGAGGGUCAUCAAGCCUAACAUCCUGAUUCUGAGGACCUUCUUUCUGGUGGGGAGAAGAAAGACCCCCCCCCCCCAAGCCUGUCUGAGGAAAGACAGAGCCUACCUUUGGGAGCCACAGUCAGACGGAAGAAAACAGAGCCCUCCUCCAAGACAUUUGUCUGAAUGGCACAAGGAUGUACCCAAGAGCCCUUGUGUAAUGCAAAUUGACAAGGCAGCAGGGACCUAUAAUCUCAGGGAGAGAACCAGGCCUACUGCUGGUAUACAGAAAGCCUUUCCUCUCAGUUGAUAUAUCCAGGCUUCUGGGUGCUGAGCUUGGGGAAUGGAGUGCCCGUGUGGACUGGACACCAGUCUCAACAAGCACCUCCUCUGCUGGAUACCUUUGUAUGAAGCUCUAAUUGCAUGGCUCAAUGUGCCAGCCCCAGGGAGGGAUCCCUCAUUUCAUGAAUCUAGCCUAGUCCAACCCUCACUCAAGACAAUCCUGGCCUAGGUAAUAAUAACACAUACAUAAAAAAUCUUGGUUUGAGAAGAAGACAAGGUUCUGUCUCAGAAAAUUCCACAUCAAAGCGAUAUGCAGAGCCCUGCUUUCAGACCCAUCCUGUAUACUGCAGUCAGCAUUCA